UUACCUAAAAGAAAAAUUGUUUUAAAUUCAAUCAGUGGUGUACAAGAAAAGUUAAUUUUAUAAUGUCGCUUGCUCUUAUCGAGAAAAUAUUUACUCGCGUUAAUGCCUACAAAUUAAUGUUUUUCCCACAGUAUGUUGAAAUUAGUCUAUUUAAAUCAUCAUACCAUUACCUCGACUGUUAUAAUAAAAUAUUUCACUGAGCUUUAAAAGAAUUCUUGAAAAACAUUUUUUUUUUUUUUCUUUCUGAAAUGGGUAAUUAUAAAUCUCGGCCAACAAUUUCAUGUGCUGAUGAACUUAAGAAAAAAAUUAGUGAAAGCUAUUCACUGUUUCGUUCUAAAGCUAUAGAAGACCUUCGGCCUCGGGAUUCCGAAUGGUCAGAGUUACAGCUGGCAUGCAGUCGCUCUGAUGUUGCUGGAGUGAAAGAACUUUUAAAUGAAGAUAAUGUCAAUGAGAAGACUGACACUGGACAUACUUUAUUGCACAUUUGUUGUAUUAGUGGAGCAGGGACUGAUUCAAAAGAACUUAUAAACUAUUUUUUACAACAAGGAAUAAAAGCUAUUUAUCUCACCAAGAACCAGUUUUCGGCUCUUCAUCUAGCUACUUAUAAAGGUGACGUAGAAACAGUGGUCGCUUUAUGUGAGGCAAACAUUGAUGUCAAUGUAACUGGCAACAGUGGAAUGACAGCUCUUCAUAUUACAGCUAUGUGUGGGCAUCUUGAAAUUGCUCAGAUAUUACUGGAACAUGGAGCUCGCAUCAAUUCCGGCGAUGCUGUCAAAUUUUCUCCUUUACAUAUUGCAAGUUUUUUUGGUCAUGAUAAAAUGGUUGAAAGUCUUAUUACAAAUGGUGCUAACAUAAAUAUCAGUGGAGGUGUUGGUGAUCGCCCUCUUCACUUAGCUUGUGCGAAAGGUUACCUCAGAAUUACACAGUUGCUCCUUCAAGGCACAUCUGACCAAAAAGUAGAUGUGAAUGUAAAAGAUGAUGAAGAACAUCGUCCUGUACAUUUUUGCUGUAAAGCAGGAAACCUUCAGAUUUUAAGUUUACUACUAGAACAUAAAGCUGAUACACAUAUCACUAAUAUUUAUGGAGAUACACCAUUACAUUUGGCUUGUUAUUAUUGUAAAUUGGAAAUCUGUAAGGCGUUGACGUUACACACUGGGUCUGCAAGUUUUAAUAUUGAGAACAUCUUCAGUGAAACACCACUACAUGCUGCUUGUACAACAGGAAAAAGCAUAGAAUUAAUAAAAUUUUUACUUGAACAACAAAAUGUUGAUAUUAAUUAUCAAGGAAAAGAUGGACAUACUGCUUUACACAGUGCCUGUUACCAUGGACAUUUACGAGUUGUUCAUUUUCUUUUAGAAAGUGGAGCUGAUGUUAAUUUGGUCGCAUCAGUCAGUGAUCAAAAUGGUGGUAGUGAAAAGAAAGAGGAACAAACAGCACUAAUGUGGGCAUAUGAAAAAGGUCAUGAUUCAAUUGUCACAUUAUUGAAACAUCACAAACGACCUCAAGAUGAAUCUGCUUGUGGGGACUACACUCAACCUGGAGGUGAUGGCAGUUAUGUAUCUGUCCCUUCACCUAUAGGAAAACUCCGUAGUGUUACCAGAGAAAAAAUUGAUGUUCUCCAAUUGAGAGCUACUCUACCACAUUACUUCCAUUUACAAAUUACAGACCUUGAAUCUCAAGAAACUAUUGGAAGUGGUUCUUUUGGAAAAGUAUUUAAGGGUAAGUGCCAAGGUAAAGUUGUUGCUAUUAAAAGAUAUCGUGCAAGCUCAUUUGGUUCAAAAUCUGAUGUAGACAUGUUUUGUCGGGAAGUAUCAAUUUUGGCAAGAUUAGAUAGCCCAUAUGUUAUACAUUUUGUUGGUGCGUGUUUAGAUGAUCCUAGUCAAUUUGCCAUUGUUACACGAUUUGUAUCGGGUGGAUCUCUUUUCAGUUUGUUACAUGAACAAAAACGUCUAAUAGAUAUGCACACUAAACUGACAAUUGCAGUAGAUGUUGCCAAAGGGAUGGAGUAUUUACAUAAUUUGCCACAACCCAUUAUCCAUCGAGAUCUUAAUAGUCAUAAUAUUCUCUUAGAAGAAGAUUGCCAUGCUGUUGUUGCUGAUUUUGGAGAAUCGCGUUUUUUAAGAUCUGAUGAAGAAGAUAAUAUGACAAAGCAACCUGGAAAUCUACGCUGGAUGGCUCCUGAAAUAUUUACCCAGUGUACAAAGUAUAGCAUUAGAGCAGAUAUGUUUAGUUAUUCUUUAUGUCUCUGGGAAUUAUUAGCAGGUGAAAUGCCAUUUGCACAUCUUAAACCAGCUGCCACUGCUGCCGAAAUGGCAUAUCAUCAUACUAGGCCUCCUAUUGCUAUCACUUUUCCAAAACCUAUUAUUGGAAUCUUACAAAAAGGAUGGCAUGCCAAUGCCGAAGAGAGACCUGAUUUCAAAAAUAUAGUUCCUAUUUUAGAAGAAUGUAGACAAUCCCAAGCUGUGAUGUUAAUAAGUAAUGGAAAUACCAUUACAAAUGAUCCUAUCUCAGAAUUUAAUUCACUUUCUGAAGACUCUGAAAAUGAAGGACGUUCAACUCCUCCACUAACUGGUCAUGUAACUGCUAUGAGAACUCGUUGGGAAAUGGAAGCCUCAAGAAAUAGUGGAGCUCAAACAGAAGAACUUCGAAGACGUUUUCCAUUAACGCAAGUUGAUAAAAAUGGUUAUGUUACUGACCCUUUGUGCACCAUGAGAAUGCCUAUGCUGUUGCCAUCAACUGAUCUACUCUCCUCUGAAGAUCUACCUUCUGAAAGAUCUGACGUUGAAUCUUAUAAGAGCCAUUUUGGGCCGUUAGUUUUGCAAAUUACAUGGAAACCUCACUAGUGCUGAUACCACUUGAGAAAAAUAGUCAGUACACACUGUAAAAUGGUUGAUGUCAUGAAGGACAUCCAGCUGUGGAAACCAUGCCAAAGCAGACAUUGAUGCAUGAUGCAGUUCUCUGAUUUGAUGGAUCCCAUGAAACCAUCCAGCUUCUACCAGUAUGGAAGGCAAACAUUAAAUGAUGAUGAUGACUUAAAUACAUUCUAGUUUCCUCUAUAUCCUCAAGUAUAAGAUUGAAAAAUAACUAACUACUUUAAUAUUAACAUUAUUUACAUUAUUUACAUUUGUCCGGAUAUUUGUCCUCAUCUUGUUUGUUGUUAACACAACGUUUUGGCUGAUAUACCCUCCAGCCUUCGUCAGGUGUCUUGGGG